AGCAGUUCCACAACACACGAAAAUAUUGUGCGUCAAAUGUGUGUUUAUGUGUGUGAGUUUUGUAUACAUGUAACGAAAUUACAUGGAUGUGUGAAACAUGUCCUUGCAAAAGUGAUUAUUUAAGCUAUUGAAAAAUAUCUAGGAAGCAUUCCGCUCGCCGCGACUGCUUUCCUCGUACAUCCUGCAGGAUAAUUACGAUGUGCAAAUAGACGUGAGUCCGCGAAAGAAGGAAUAUUGCGUGUACAACAAGAAGGAGAAAGAAACGACGUAGUAGAAUCCAAACAUCAAAACACGAUCACGCGGAUCCAAGUUUAUAUCGAAUUUUCUGCAAAUCUGAAUAAAACCAGAAGAUUUCGUAAAAAGCAUUUAAAAUGAAUGAUUUUUCUGCUUGCCAACCAAUGAUGGGCAGUCCAAUGGGCCCAAAAGAUCUGCAAUCGAAUGUGGUGAAAGAGGGAUGGCUUUUUAAGAGAGGAGAACACAUAAAAAAUUGGCGUCGGAGAUUCUUCUAUUUGUUGAACAAUGGCAGCUUAAUUGGAUUCAAAGUAAAGCCUGACGUUCAUACAAUGACUGAACCACUUAACAAUUUCACUGUCAAAGAUUGCCAAAUUAUGUCAGUGGACAGACCUAAGCCAUAUACAUUUAUUAUCAGAGGCCUACAGUGGACGACAGUUAUUGAGAGGAUGUUUCAUGUUGAAACUGAAAAGGAGAGAGAGGAGUGGGUUUUGGCCAUUAAAAUGGUGUCUGAGGGAAUUUCAAAUGAAUGUGAAGACGUUGAUAUGAAUGGAGAGAUGAACAGUGAUCUGCCCCUAAAGUUUUCAUUGCAGGGUACGUCAAUUUCAAAAUCGUCUGGUAAAAAGAAGGUGACAUUGGAGAGUUUUGAGUUUCUUAAAGUUCUUGGUAAAGGGACCUUUGGCAAGGUUAUUCUGUGUAGGGAGAAGUCAACGGGUAGACUAUAUGCCAUUAAGAUAUUAAAAAAGGAGGUUAUUAUACAGAAGGACGAAGUGGCGCAUACGCAAACAGAGAAUCGCGUGUUGAAAACCACGAAUCAUCCGUUCCUGACCUCACUGAAGUACUCAUUUCAAACGAACGAUCGAUUAUGUUUCGUUAUGGAGUACGUUAAUGGCGGCGAACUGUUCUUCCACUUAUCCAGACUCCGCGUCUUCAACGAAGACAGAACACGUUUCUAUGGAGCUGAAAUAAUCUCAGCCUUGGCCUAUUUACACUCGCAAGGAAUUAUUUAUAGAGAUUUGAAACUCGAGAAUUUGCUACUUGACAAAGAUGGUCACAUUAAAAUUACAGAUUUCGGACUUUGCAAAGAGGACAUUGCUUAUGGUAGCACCACAAAAACCUUCUGUGGCACACCAGAAUAUUUAGCUCCAGAAGUACUUGAAGAUAGUGACUAUGGAAGAGCAGUAGACUGGUGGGGUAUUGGUGUUGUUAUGUAUGAAAUGAUGUGUGGCAGAUUGCCUUUCUAUAACAAAGACCAUGAUGUUUUAUUUACUCUGAUUAUUGUUGAAGAAGUCAAGUUUCCUAAAACGUUAAGCAAUGAUGCCAAAGAUUUGCUUGCCGGACUACUUAUUAAAGAUCCAGUAAAGAGAUUGGGUGGAGGUCCUGACGACGCCAAACAAAUUAUGACACAUCCGUUUUUCAGUUCGAUUAACUGGCGAGAUUUAGAACAAAAGAAGAUCCCACCACCUUUUAAACCACAUGUAACCAGCGAAACUGAUACCAGGUAUUUCGACUCCGAAUUCACCGGAGAAAGCGUCGAGUUGACACCACCCGAUAAUAUGGCACCGUUGAAUGCUAUACAAGAAGAACCUUACUUCCCUCAGUUCAGUUUCCAAGACACUCUGUCUUCCACGUUAGGCAGCUCGGCUCACAUCAGCGGCAGUAUGAACAGCAUCGCUUCUAUGCAUCAGUGACUACAUUAAAGCUAUGUUUAUGUACUUAUGAUGUAGAAGUUAAAUUAACUAUAAUUUAUCUCUGAAUAUCGAAAGAAAAAAUACGUUGUUUCUAUUGAAGGUGUGAGAUUGUGAUAUUUUAUAAAAACGCGCCGUGUAAAUAGUUGUAUCCCAAAAAAGAAAAAAAGAAAGAAAA